AUGGAGGCAAACUGGCUUGCCGGACAUUUUCAGGACGCACAGGCCCUUGUGAGUAAAGAACGCAAGCAAAACGACCCCAGUGUGAAUGCUAAGGAGGAGCAUGGCCGUGUCAAUAAGAGGGAGGAACAGAAACGAGAUGAGAGCAAGAGGGGAAGUGAGAGUGAGGGUGAUAGUGACAGUGACAGUGACAGUGACGGUGACGGUGAUGGCAGCGAUGGUCUUGAAGCUGAAAACGACGAGCAAGACGACAACGACGUUGAUGCCGAGCAGAGCAACGCUGACAGCAGCGGUGGUUCUGAAACUGAAGACCGCGAGAACGAAGACAGUGAUCGCGAUGCCCAGCAGAGUGAAGCUGGCAGCAGCGAUGGUUCGGAAGCUAAAGACGGCGAACAUGACGACAACGACGAUGAUGCCGAACAGAGCGAAGUUGAAAGCAGUGAUGGUCUUGAAGCUGCAGACGACGAGCAUGACGGUAGUGAUCCCAAUCCCGAACAGAGUGAAGCUGACAACAGCGAUGGUUCUGAAGCUGCAGACGACGAGCUUGACGAUAGUGACCGCGAUGCCGAGCAGAGCGACGCUGACGGCGAUGCUCUUGAAACUAUGGAGAGCCCUAUUGACAGCGGCGAUGAUUCUGAAGCUGAGGAGAACGAGGUGGUGGAUGACGUUGACCACGAUGCAGAAGAGAGCGUGGCUGAUGGUGAUGAUCCUGAAGCUGAGGAGAAUGAAAUCGACGAUCACGAUCAGCACGGAGCGGAAGAGCUUGACUUUGACGGGAACGAAGAUCACCUUUCAGAAGACGAGUUUGAAAUCGACUCAGACGAUCAAGAUGUUGGUCUAGGAGUCGACGAGCAUGAUGAUGAUGAUGACGUCGAAUACAACGAGGCGCUCGAAGAUGAUGACUUGAUAAACAAAUCGGCCCUCUCUGCAUCGGACCGCUCCAUGAAAGGCUCUGGUUCCCUACUCCAUUCUGAAAGAUCCUCUGACAACAAUCGAAAUGAGCCCGACUCUUCACAGUCUCAUCCUCAUGACCAAAGGCCUUCGCCCACUGCUUCAUCAAGUGACUCAUCUGUGAUCGUCAUUGACGACUCGGAUUCAUCCCCCUCGCCUGGGCCUGUCUCACACGAACGAACGACUUCAAGGACAUCUUCAAGUCCACCUACUUUAUCGACCCCUCCUACUUUAGUUUCUCAUCCGUGCUCAUCAAAUGCGUUGAGCCGGUUUCUCGCAUCUCGCGCUCCAGUUGCGCCAGCCCGCCCAUCGCACUUCCGGCCUCAGUACUUCCAUAACCAUGCGGCAGGUGCAUUGCCCAAAACGCUUUUCCGAUCCAAACGAAUCGAUGCAUGGCCCAAGCAGAACCGACGCACCGUCUCGUCGCUGAGCAUGCGCCGAAAAGCGCCUCUGGCUAUGGAUGACUUUGAGGCUCGCAUCAACACACGGCAACAGGCACGCAUUGCAUCGAUGAUUCGGCAAGCAUAUCAAGCGAUGCGCCGUGGUGGUCCAAGGCUCUCGUUCGACGAUUUCCACUCGCUCGUGAAGAAACGCGUACAUGUCCAGCAGCUCAUGGACCUGGAGACACUCCAGACUUGGCCCAUGGCAAGACCUGUCCUGGAUGAACAGGCAUACACUCAGCGCACACUAGACUUGCUGAAGCGGCGAGAAGCACAUGCUCAAGCGCAGCUGCCUCCGCCGGUCGCGCCUCUUGAGGCACGUCGAACCGCGGUGCGGCAAGCUCGUGAAAAGCGGCGCAGCUUGCAUGGCAUCCUCGGCCGCCCACCACUCCCAGCAUCGCUACCGCCCGACAGCGAUAGACGUGUGUCGACAGCCUUCCAGCAGCGCGGCGUGAUUGCAAGCAUGCCUGGUGCACAGGUCGAGGCCCAUGAUAUGGCCAAGCUGCGCCCGGGCAAAUGGCUCAACGAUGAGGUGAUCAACUUUUACGGCCAGCUCAUCCAGCAGCGAUCGAACGAUGCCGAUGCGGAGAACGCUCGGGCCAAGCAUGGGCCUUGCGCUUUCUGGCGCGUCCAUGUGUUUUCCUCCUUCUUCUGGCAGAACCUCACGACCCGUGGAUAUGCCGGUGUCAGGCGCUGGUCCAGACGUGUGGAUCUUUUUACGAAAGAUUUGGUGCUGAUGCCCAUCAAUGUCGGACAGGCACAUUGGGUCUGUGCGGCCAUCAACCUGCGCCUGCGUCGCUUCGAGUACUAUGACAGUAUGGGCAUGCCGAGCCCUGUGGUAUUUGAGCGGCUGCGUGCGUACCUGCAGGACGAAAUGCGCGACAAGAAGCACAUGGAGCUGGAUCUGAGCGACUGGACAGAUUUCUUUGCUGACUACACAUCGCCACAGCAGCGGAAUGGCUAUGACUGUGGUGUCUUUGCCGUACAGACGCUGGAGCAGCUAAGUCGGCGUGAUCCAGCCGUGCCGUAUCCUGCAGCGCCGUUGGAUGCAGCCUCUUUCACCAGGCCAGCAGACCCCACGGACCUCGCUCUGCUCCGCGAAGAGUAUGCGGGUGAUUAUGCAUGGAACUUUGCUCAGGAGAACAUGCCAUACUUGCGUCGGCGUAUGGCGUUUGAGAUAUGUACAAAACAAUUACUUUCGUAG